AGGCCUGACCUGGAGACAGGUACCUGGCUGGUGCGGCCUUGACAGGAGGCUGUGGCUCCUACUUCCUUUGCUUUGCUACCGGGUUGCCCAUUGGAGCAGAGCCUCCUCCCGUCCUGCCUUGGCCUCUGCCCAGCCUACCCACUGCACAGCCAGGAGGAAGGAGGAAGGGGAGCGGGGCCGGUCCUGUAGAAUGAGUAUCUGCCGAGCUCCCUCAAGGUGAACAGGGCAUGGCACAGGUAGGCGGGCCGCCACAGGCCGGAGCUGCCCCUGACCAGCCCCGCGUGUCCAAGCUGGUUCUCCUCGGAAGUGGCUCUGUGGGCAAGUCCAGUCUAGCCCUCCGGUUCGUGAAGCAGGACUUCAAGAGUAUCCUGCCCACUGUGGGAUGUGCAUUCUUCACGAAGGUGGUGGAUUUGGGCGCCUCAUCCUUGAAGCUUGAGAUCUGGGACACAGCUGGCCAGGAGAAGUACCACAGUGUCUGCCACCUCUACUACAGGGGUGCCAAUGCCGCUCUCCUGGUAUAUGACAUCACUCAGAAGGAUUCCUUCCACAAGGCCCAGCAGUGGCUGGGGGACCUGGAGAAGGAGUUCCCCCCGGGGGAGAUUGUAGUGAUGUUGGUCGGCAACAAGACAGACCUUGAGGAGGAGCGGGAGGUUCCCUUCCAGGAGGGGAAGGAGUUUGCUGACAGCAAAAAUUUGCUCUUCAUGGAAACCUCAGCCAAAUUGAACCACCGGGUGUCCGAGGUCUUCCGAACUGUUGCCCAGGAGCUGCUGCAGAGAGCAGAAGACAAGAGGAGCCACAGCCCACAGGGGGCCCCAGCGGUGACUCUGGACCAAGGACCUGCCGCCAGGCAGGGCAAGUGCUGCACCCGCUAGAACCAGCCACUCCAGGAGCACCGUCGUGCCCUGGCCAGGCCUCAGAUGGUCCCUAGCAUAGACCAUGCCUUCAGAUGAGUCAGUGUCGGCUUUUUGUCCAUUUGGCUUCUCCGUUGAAGUUGGGUUGUGCUGGAGCCCUGAGGAUUCUAAAAGUUGUCACCCUUUUUGAUAGCCACUUCCCAGAGCCAAUGGGAGCAAUGAGGGGGAUCCGGUGUCAAAUGGCUCCUGAAAGACUGUCAACCCACCUUGCUAUCUGCUAUCCGGUCCCUGGGUGCCCGGAUCAGGCGUGCCUGCCCUGCCCAGCUUCCCUGUCAGCUGCCUUGCCGCCAGCACCCAGCAGUUAAAUGAGGCGGAGCCGUUCCUUCAUCAGUGUGCUGCAUGGACAGACCCCUCCCGCAUGGCUUGGGUGACUGCUCCCGGGACUGGGCCAGCUGGUUCUGGGAGGCGGCAGAUGAGCAAGCAGGGGCUGGUGGAAUGGCAGUGCCCUGAAGAAAUGGAUCGCUGGGCCCGAGGCAGCUGGGUUAUGGUAAAAUUGCCACAGGGAGGUGCAGUUUGACAGGGCAGCUUGGAUGAGGGUACCCGUGGCUGCGGGUCGGCGCAGGCAGGCUUCCGCCAGUGACGUGAGGACUGAAGCGUCCAUUCUGAGAUGUACACUAUUGGCUGCCUUCUAUGGGUCGUUUUCUCGAAAAAUUAAACUCUUGACAAUGUGGUGGAGGCCGUACAAUCUGACACCACCCUAUGUGGUCUUUCUGCACACACUCCAGGCAGGCUCAUGCCCAGUGAACACAGAGGGUCAUGGGCAGGUGUGACUAAGUUGGGAAUGGACAUGCCCUGGUAGUCUGUUUCUCCUGCGGGUGACCAUAUUGUCCCCAUUAUGACUGCUUGUCUUUACAGAGGAGCCCUGGUCCCCAUCCUAAGCAGGUAAACCUCAGGUGACAUGUUCCUGUUGGGUCUCUCUUGAUAGCUGAUGUGGCAAAGUGGAACCAUUGAAACGCGGCCAUUUUGGGGGAUGUUGGUUUCAUCCUUUCCUGUGGCGUUGCGAUAGACAGGCAUAAAUGUAACUAAUAAGAUGUUGAGAUGUUGUUGGGCAGGAUGGCACAGUGAUCCCUGUACUCAGGAGGCCGAGGCAGGAGGAUGGCAGGCUCUUCUUGGGCUACAUAGUGAGACCAUCUCAAGAACACCCAACAUGGGCUGAGCAGGUAGGAGAACCUGGGCAUAAGCAUGAGUUUGGAAUCUAGUACCACAGAAAAAAUAGGUCUGGCCAUGAAUGCCUGUAACCCCAGUCCUCAAAGGGCAGAAGUGGGAGAAUCACCGGGGCCCAUGGGUCAGCCAGUCUGACGGAAAGAUCGGUAGUGCCAGGCCCAGUGACAGACGUUCUCAAGGAAACAGCUCAGAAGGACAUAGAGGACACUCGGCACUCUACUCUGGCCUCCAUGUGUACGUGCAGGGACACGCCUAUCUGUAAUCACACAUGCACAUACUGUGCAUGCGCACCAUACCACAGUGCUACACACAUGCACACGCCAAACACUCCAGCAACAAUAACAACAAAUAUAAGGCAAAACAUUGUUGGACUGGAGAGAUUGCUCAGUGGUUAAAGGUGCUUGUUUUCAAUGCCUGACAGCCUGGGUUUGGCCUGGGUUCAAAUUCCUAGUACUCACAUAAAACCAGAUGCACAAAGUUGUACAUGCAUCUGGAGUUUGUUUACAGUGGCAGGAGGCCCUGUAGACCUGUUGUCUCUCUUAAACAAGCAUUUAUAAAACAUUGUUACCCCUUUGAGUGUGAUAACCUCGCUGUACCCACGACACAGCUGACAGGAAGGACAUAUGCCAAGCACCCCUCCCUGCGCAUGCCUGGCUCUGGACGGCAGCUUUAGUCUUUGCCUGCUGGUUACUCUCUGCUUUGCAUGGAGACCAUCCUUGGCCUUGGCUAUCAGGUGGAGCUCAGCCCAGGCAACUGGGGUGGGGACAUCGAAGCCCACAAUCUCCAGGACUCACCUUGGUGAUGUUACUCAGGAUGGCUGUGUCCUGGCUGAAGGUCCCUGUUCCCCCAGGAUCCUGUCCUUCCUAGCUUCUGGCUACUGCCCCUCCUCUCCCUCCAACAGUCCAGCUAGCCUGGGCUUCCAAACACACUUGGCAUCAAGUUCCUCUGCAGGGGCCUCCUGACUUGUUACUUACUGGACCCUUGACAGAUGCAGCUUCUGUCCUGGGGGCUGGAAACAUCACUGACUUUCCUGGUCCUUAUGGGAUCCUGAAAUGACCUGCAGGAAACUUAUUCCUCACUGGGCACAUGUGGACUUGCCACAAGGCUUGAUGUCAUCACAAUGAAGGUCAAGAAAACAGCUUUCAAGACUCACCAUCCUUUUCCCUCAGUUUCAUAGUGAAGCCUGCCGACUCUGCUUGCAACUGUAUUUCUGACUGAUGGACA